AUGCUGCUGCUGCUCCUGUGCUUGGGCUGGGCGCGGGGGCACUCCCGGGGGGCGGCCGGGCUGCUCCCCAACGCCACCACGCCGAUCUCCAUCAUGGGCUUGAUGCCGCUCAGCCAGUCAGAGGAGGACCAGAAGAGCAAGAUCGGCCGGGGCGUGCUGCCCGCCGUGCAGCUGGCCAUGGAUCAGAUCCGCAACGAGUCCCUGCUCAACCCCUACUCGCUGGACCUCCGGCUCUAUGACACCGAGUGUGACAAUGCAAAAGGACUUAAAGCCUUCUAUGAUGCAAUAAAAUAUGGACCUAAUCAUCUGAUGGUUUUUGGUGGAGUAUGUGCAACAGUCACUUCUAUCAUUGCUGAAUCCCUAAAAGGAUGGAAUUUGGUUCAGCUUUCAUUUGCAGCAACAACCCCCGAGUUAGCGGAUAAGAAAAAAUAUCCUUAUUUCUUCCGGACAGUGCCAUCUGAUAAUGCAGUGAAUCCUGCAAUUUUGAAGUUACUCAAAUAUUAUCAAUGGAAGAGGGUGGGAACUCUAACCCAGGAUGUACAAAGAUUCUCUGAGGUGAGGAAUGAUCUGACCAGUGUUCUGUAUGGUGAAGACAUUGAAAUUUCAGAUACUGAGAGUUUCUCCAAUGAUCCCUGCACCAAUGUCAAAAAGCUCAAGGGUAAUGAUGUUCGGAUAAUCCUUGGCCAGUUUGAUGAGCAAAUGGCAGCAAAAGUGUUCUGUUGUGCUUAUGAUGAGGAGAUGUAUGGCAGUAAAUAUCAAUGGAUCAUUCCUGGGUGGUAUGAAAGUUCAUGGUGGGACUCUUGGAUUAAUUCGUCACAGUGUGUCAGCAAAAACCUUCUUACUGCCAUGGAAGGUUACAUUGGAGUGGAUUUUGAACCUCUCAGUUCAAAAGUGAUAAAGACCAUAUCAGGACGGACACCACAGCAGUAUGAAAGGGAGUAUAAUGACAAACGGGGAGAUGGACAGUCCAGUAAAUUUCAUGGUUAUGCCUAUGAUGGAAUAUGGGUGAUUGCCAAAACACUGCAGCGGGCAAUGAAAUAUCUCAACACUACAAACAAACACCAAAAAAUUGAGGAUUUUAACUACACAAACCACAAACUUGGCAAAAUAUUUCUGGAUGCUAUGAAUGAAACCAACUUCUUUGGUGUAACGGGUCAAGUUGUAUUCAGAAAUGGAGAGAGAAUGGGAACCAUCAAAUUUACACAGUUUCAAGAUAGAAAGGAAGUGAAGGUGGGAGAGUAUAAUGCUGUAGCUGAUACACUGGAAAUAAUCAAUAACACCAUCAGGUUCCAAGGAUUGGAGCCUCCAAAGGACAAAACGAUUAUACAAGAACAGCUGCGUAAGAUCUCCUUGCCUCUCUACAGUAUUCUUUCAGCACUCACUAUCCUAGGAAUGAUCAUGGCCAGUGCUUUUUUGUUCUUUAACAUCAAAAACAGAAAUCAGAAGCUAAUAAAGAUGUCCAGUCCCUACAUGAACAACCUUAUUAUCCUUGGGGGUAUGCUUUCCUAUGCAUCUAUUUUUCUUUUUGGCCUUGAUGGAUCCUUUGUCUCUGAAAAGACAUUUGAGACACUUUGCACAGUCCGGACGUGGAUUCUUACUGUGGGCUACACCACUGCAUUUGGAGCAAUGUUUGCAAAAACCUGGAGAGUUCAUGCAAUUUUCAAAAAUGUAAAAAUGAAGAAAAAGAUCAUUAAGGACCAGAAGCUGAUGGUGAUAGUUGGAGGGAUGCUGCUGAUUGAUCUUUGCAUCUUGAUUUGCUGGCAGGUUGUGGACCCCUUGAGAAGGACAGUGGAAAAGUACAACAUGGAGCCGGACCCUGCUGGCAGAGAUAUUUCCAUUCGUCCAAUUUUAGAGCACUGUGAAAACACUCACAUGACCAUUUGGCUUGGCAUUGUCUAUGCCUACAAAGGGCUGCUCAUGUUAUUUGGUUGUUUCUUAGCAUGGGAGACUCGAAAUGUCAGCAUUCCUGCUUUGAAUGACAGCAAAUACAUCGGGAUGAGUGUAUACAAUGUGGGGAUCAUGUGUAUUAUUGGAGCUGCAGUUUCAUUCCUCACUCGGGAUCAACCCAAUGUUCAGUUCUGCAUUGUUGCUUUAGUCAUUAUAUUCUGCAGUACCAUUACGCUCUGCCUUGUUUUUGUACCUAAGUUAAUCACACUGAGGACAAAUCCUGAUGCAGCCACUCAGAACAGACGUUUCCAAUUCACUCAAAAUCAAAAGAAAGAAGACUCAAAAACAUCAACAUCAGUCACCAGUGUCAAUCAAGCCAGUACAUCUCGGCUAGAAGGACUGCAGUCAGAAAACCACCGCUUGAGAAUGAAAAUCACAGAGCUGGACAAAGAUUUAGAAGAGGUUACUAUGCAGCUCCAGGACACACCUGAGAAGACAACAUACAUUAAGCAGAACCACUAUCAGGAUCUUAAUGACAUCCUCAGUAUACGGAACUUUACAGACAGCAAAGAUGGUGAGAAAGCAGUUUUGAAAAAUCACCUUGAUCAAAAUCCACAAGCACAGUGGAGCACAACAGAGCCCUCCAGAACAAGCAAAGAUCCUGUAGAAGAUAUCAACUCUCCAGAACAUAUACAACGCCGAUUGUCUUUACAACUGCCCAUUCUUCACCAUGCCUAUUUGCCAUCCAUAGGAGGAGUUGACGCUAGCUGUGCCAGUCCAUGUGUAAGCCCCAGUGCCAGUCCUCGGCACAGACACGUGCCACCAUCUUUUCGAGUGAUGGUUUCUGGCCUGUAGAAAUGGGAGAUCAGAGCUUCCUGAACUGCUUUUAAGUUCUUAAUGACUGGACUGAGUAUCAGACGUAGAACUCUGCUAUAAACAUACUAUUUGCUCUUACCCCACAGAGGAACUAGUGCUAAGGCCAUCAUCAUGGGAGUACCAGUGUAACUCAUGUGGAAAGACGAGAGCAAGAGAUACCUAGAGUUUGAUCUGUAGCCUUAUUCAUGGAGCUUUUAUUUCUUCACAAAGAAGUCACUGAAAAUAUUUCUUCCCAAAUUUCUACUAGCAACAAGGAGGCUGGGAAAUACGAAUCUUGCAAAAAAUGAGACAAUUAAAAAAAAAACCACUCAACUGUCACUGUUACACGGCUGCUGAAAACAUGGAACUAUAUGCUGUCCGUGUAAGAAAAAUAAAAUGGUAGAGCUAUAACAUUUAUUGAAAUAGAUACACUUCAUUUUACAAAAGUUGUGUUAAAUUGUUGGAAGCAUUCUGCACUGGUUAGUCUUUGCUUGUUUUCAUUUCAGAGAGGAUUUUCAGUGGGAAGGGGGAUUUUGAGAAAUGAUUCCUGAAGUGUGAUUUAGACUCUGUGUUGCUAAUAGCAGGGUCCCCUUGUAACUAAAAACUAUACGUAGGGCAGAAGCAGAGGUUGUAGCAACAGCCCUGAGGUGUUACCAGCCACAGAGUUGCUGUUCUGAGGCAGAACUCUUUACAGUUCUCCAGGGAGUAGCUGUGGUGUUUGCCAGGUUCCCAUGCUGACCAUCAGGGACUUCAUUUUGACAGAGUUUCUGCCUCUCUUUCAAAAUAAACACAACCAACCGUAAUAUUCAAAGCUGGCAGAAAAAGUCCUAGGGCUGCUAACUCAAGAAGCUGAGGAUGGAUGGGUAGUAAAGUCUUAAUGUCACAGGAUGGAUUGAUUUUCACAGUUUGUUUGAAUUAUGCCACACAUAAUUACAAUCAUAUUAAUUUAGUACACGGGGUGGGUGGGGGAACAGGGCACAGCACCUUGCGGCUGCAGGCAAAUUCUGCAGAGUGCAUAGACAAUAAUAUACACUACCUUUGCUUGGUACCUGCGUGUGUGACAGUUGUAACUGGUAAUAGAUGGUAUAAACCAAGUUUGCCUAUAGAAUAUUUUGUUUGAAUAUGAAAAAUAAAGGUGUGGGAAAAGCAUGAAUUUUAAUCUCUCUGUUGAUAGGGGCUGAUCGUUUUUCAUAUUUGAGCACAUACCUUAGCUGCAUACCCCUAAGCAAAGUUAUUCUAAGGUAUUAUAAUUGUAAGAUGUUCUAGCUCAGUGGGUCUCAAACUUUUUUACUGGCAACCCCUUUCAUACAGCAUGCCUCUGAGUGUGACCCCCCUAAUAAA